AUGCCAUCAUGUUGUUAAAAUUAAAAAGGGUUUAAGGGUUUAUGUAUUUACGCUCGCUUUUAUCUUCUCUCACCAUUCCAUCUACCCUUUCUCGUUUUUUUCCUCCUUCUCCGUCUUUCUCUUACGAUCUCGCUUUUUGACAAGGUUGUUGGUUACCAACGUUGUACUUGCUGUCGCAAAGGUAUUCUAGAAGAUUCAACUAAAUUUCAUCGGCUGUGGCAAUGUCAAAUAUAGAUUCAGACAGUUACAAACCUCAUGUGGAAUUUGUGAAAGAAGCCAAAGAAGCACUCAUUGAUCUUAACUUGACCGAAUCCACUGAGCUUUGGCUCCUUAAGUUGCCCAUUUCCAAUGAUUUGUUAACUGACAUUGACGGGCAGGAAUUGUCUCUCAAACUUCAUAAUGAGGGAAACUUGGGCAGCUAUAAGGGCGCGUCUGGGAAAGCGUAUGAGUUCGUCAGCUUUGCUUCCCAGGAGCCGGAUGAAACAGUUUUUGUUUCCUCUGCUACAGAACAAAAAAUUGCUGGAAAAAUUACACGCCGAGUUUCUGUUGUCCAUUACCCUGAUCCUAAAGAACUGGAAGCAAAACAAGCACGUCGAAAUUCUGCAGGAGCCGCCACAAAUACAUCCCAAAUGCAAAGUGGUUUUCAAGGAAGUUCACGUGCCUCAGCAUCCAAAAGUAGCAGAAUGAAGAGCUCAGUAUCUGAACUAUCAAAUACUCCAAAAAGAAGACCUGAUAAGAACAGAUCUAAUGGAAGGCCCGCUGACGAGUCCUCACAUGGUCAUAGCACUGGUGUUUCCGCUAUGUCUUCUGAUCAUUCUAGCGGAGGAAAAUCAAAGAGAAGAAAAAUAUAAGGAAUAAUAUUUCGUUUUCUCCCAUUAACCACAUGUAUACUUUCUCGUGGGCCUUUUUAGUUUAUGGAAUUAAUAUAUGUUACAAAGGGAUUAUAGAGAGACUGAGAUUUUUAUUUUCAUCGUGUCUUUGCCUCUUUCAUUUUUUCAAUUGGUUUGGUUUGACACAACGCCUAACCUGGUCAGUUGCAAAACUUAUAUAACUUUGGAUCGUCGAUUUUUAGUGUUACCUUUUUUGUGUAAAGUUAGGUUAUCUUGUAUGAGGUGUUGAAAUUAUAAGUUUUGUAAAUCGUGCCCUUGUUCCAUUUUAUGGUUCAGUUCAUUAAUGUUGUUCCCUCUUCUGUCUUGGAAAAAUGAUCAGACUUGACUAAA